GUUUCAUUUCGUGGUCCAAGAGGUCUGAUUACAGAUCUGAUCGUACGUCGACUGUACGUGAAAUCCAUGGUGCAUCGAAGGUGCUUAAACUGUUCCUCCGGUAUCUCGCGAGAUUAUACAAAAGAGGCCUUCCAGGCCAAGUGCAGCCACAGAUCGCAGUCCUAACAGUGUAAAUUCACCACGUUCCCGCAACACCAGGCUUAGAUUUGGGAGCAAUGCAGUCUCCAUAAGCACGCGUCAGCAGGAGGCUGAUGGAUGCGAGCUGCAUUGGUCCAGGUGAGCACGGCGAAGCACAUUCGAAAUAGCAAGGAAGGCUCUGAAGAUAGUUAUGUGCAUAUAAAAGAGGGUCGGCCAUACGAGCUAAUCACAACCUUCAUCGUCUUCUCUUCUAUUUCCUUCUCUUUCGAGUCAGAGUUGCUCUCCUGUCCGUUUCUUUGUAUCACUCGACAGAUCAACUCUACUCGAUCGAGAGACGCACUCUCCAGUCUACAGUUUUCUAGCAUUCAAUUUGUCUAUUCAUCAAUUUCCUUUCAUUUUACAGACAGACACGAACAAUGGCUUCGACCAUGCGAUCAACUUUCGCCAAGGUUUUGGUAGCAGCUGUGGCCGUCUCCAGCGUUGGAGUGGCUCUGGCACAUGAGGGCCAUGAACACGCCCCAGCUCCAGCCCCCAUGGGAAUGUCGGCAGCAUCUGGACUUUUGCCAACAACCGUGGUGACCAGCUUGAUCGUGGCCAUCACUGGAUUCGUUGCAGCUCGGUUCCUUUGAAGGACGCCUCCUUGAAGUCAGUGCAUUGCUGGCAAUUAUCGAAGCCUGCGAAUAAACAGGUCUUGCUGGUUCUACCGAAGGCUUGCUCCAACGGAGAUUUCUCUUACGUUCCAGAAUCGUAGAAUCGGAUAAGAUCAUUGUGUUUCUGCUCUGAAUUCGAAUCGACAGGAUUAGACUCAGUAGACAUGGCGUUUUGUACAUGUACAAGGGAAGUUGCUUCACGAAAGUCUUAGAAGGUGCAGAAGCUGGCAGGACUUACGUAGCUUACGAUAUAGUUAUGAGGCCUUGUAAUCUAAGAAUACCUUAUUGUUACAUGGACCACUAAGAUCCAGAUGGUCAUUAACUGUAUCUCAUUAUUUCAGUAAAGACUUUUGCCGAAGAGGCUAGCUUUUAAGCAUACUGUAC